UGGACACUUCGCGAUUUGAUCUUUUAUUAAUAUCAGCACGCCUGACGCGAAUGACAGCAGCCCACAUGUGUGAUGUAUAUAUAAAGACUAACUCCCUGUCCAUUAUUUGUCUUCAGCUCCCCGUGACAAGCACCCAGGCACUUUCAUUCCCAGUGCACCUUAGUUUUUACUAGCUGAAUUUGCAGAACUUUACCACUUAACUAAUCUCUACUUUACCCGAUGGAUGCAAUUAUCGCUCAGUUGACAAACGGUGCGGCGAUCGGCACCGGUAUCAAGAAGCUCACGCCAGCUGCUGCUAAGUUGUUAGGCGGCACCAUCCCACCCUUCUUGAUCCUGCUGACUUUGGGCCAACAGAAUGCAUUGUUCGGGUCAUAUCCUGACCACAAAGAUGUUGCGCCUCUGGCGAUUUUUACAGCCGCUUUUGGUAUUUUCUUCCUUGCCCAUCUUGGGAUCUGGGCCAUAAACACGUCACGGGGGCACAAGUUCCACGUUUCGCUUGGGCUUGCCUUCUACAACCUUGUCAGAACCUUGGGGUUCGGUUUCCGUAUUGGCUGGGGCUUGGACAUUAUGCUGGUCAACUUUGGUCUUGCCUCUGAGGUCUUCCUCAUUGCUGCCCCGGUCAUUCUCGUCUCAUGCAACUUAAUUCUCGCCCAGAGAAUCUUCACCUGGAGACAUCCGGUCGGAGGUAACUCUGCUAUUUUCUGGACUUUCAUGAAUGCAUCAUAUGCCAGUGUCGUGGGUGUUGUGAUCAUGAGUGUAGUUUCGGGCGUGGUCCCUUACAUUUACUACCUCUCUGAAAGGAGGUACACCAUGUGCAAGAACGUAUUCAGGGUGGCUGCCAUUCUUAACUGUGUCUACGUUGCUUCUACCGUCAGCUUGAUUUUGUUGGCCUAUGUCUUCAAGCCAACCACUAAGGACAAGAAUAUCACCGUCUACCAGCCAUGGUGGUUGGACUCCUUCUCCACCUUCCACUUUGUGCCUAAGGGCGCUGCCAAAGAGGCUGAAAGAACCUUCAUGGCCCGUGACCACCACUCUCGUUACGCCGUCAGAGUCAUUGCCGCCCACCAACAGCAUUACAACACUGUGGAAGAGAGCUCGGAUGUGCCAGACAGAUCUAGACCAAACCUUUCCACUAACCACUCGAUCGUCAUCGUUACUGUGACUACCUUUUUCCUUCUCCUUGCCGUCAUCUUCCGUACCAUUGCCUGUUUCGGCAACAAGACCAAGGCGACUGAGACCUGGGUCCACCAUCCAGUCUUGAUGUACGUGAUGUGGGGUGCUCUCGAGGUGUUGAUCAACGUCAUCUACCUUGUCUUUAGGGUUGACUUGAGAUUCUACAAGCCAGACAGAUUACCAAAAGACGUACAAGUGCAGACUGGGAUCCAGACCCCAAGCGAGCCAUAUGGCCAACAUGAGUAUUCCAACGAAAAGUUGGUAUCCCACCUGCAUGAAGUCACCAAUGUCGGGAGAAUCUCUUCUGCCGAAAAGGAGCGUGUCUCUCAGAACUCUCAAAUGUACGUGUAGUAUUUUUUUUUUAAUUUUAUAGGGCUAUGCCCAUCGUUUGAUAAAU